GGAGAAGUGGAAGACUUACUGAGGGAGGAAAAAGGGUCAGCGACACAGAGCUUUAUCACGCUUGAGUGAAAUUAGGAGAGUUGCUCGCACAAACCUUGGCGCAGACGAAACCAAAAAGCUUUGGUGACGAAGAACACGAUUCUUGUUGGCUUUUUGAAGAAAUAGGUUUGCUAAUAUUUUUCAAAACAUCACGCUUUUUUUUUUUGUACUUUAUUUAUUUUGGUUGUGUUUUUUGUUUGUUUGUUUGUUUGUUUGUUUUUUUCGGGGGGUGGCUUUAGUGUUGCACAGGUGUGCUCUGGGGCCGUGCGUCAUUUGGACGACGUUGCCACAUUGCGCCAGGAUGCGCGUCUGUCCUUUGCUGGUCUUCCUCUGUCUGCUGAGCGCGGGACACGCUCAAAAGUUCUCCGCUCUCACGUUCCUGCGGGUGGAUCAGGAUAAAGAGUGCAACAUGGAAUGUAGCAGAGCUCCUCGCAAACCCUUGUGUGCCUCAGACGGCAGGACCUUCACAUCUCGCUGCGAGUUCCUUCGAGCCAAGUGCCGCGACCCCCAGCUGGAGGUCAUCCGAGGGCCAUGCAAAGAUACGUCCAGAUGCGUAGCAGAGAAGAAGUACACAGAACAGCAGGCCAAGAAGCUUUUUCCUCAGGUCUUUGUGCCAGUAUGCAACCCCGAUGGCACAUAUAGUGAGGUACAAUGUCACAGCUACACCGGAUACUGUUGGUGCGUCACCCCCAAUGGCCGACCGAUCAGUGGCUCAGCUGUGGCCAAUAAAAAGCCUCGGUGCCAAGGAUCAAAACAAGAGCGAGCGACCACAAGAGAGCCAGGGAAAGUCUCUUUGCAAAUAUUCUCCAUUCUGAAUGCAGAUGAGACUGGCUUAGUGGUGGACCCACAACCUCCCGCAGAUGAAGAAGACAUAAUUUCCCAAUACCCCACUCUGUGGACGGAGCAGGUCCGCAGCCGGCAGAACAAUAGAACCAGAGCACCAUCCUCAUCAUGUGACCAGGAAAAACAGUCUGCUCAAGAGGAGGCGAGGGAGCACAAGAAUGAUGCUGUAUUUGUUCCGGAUUGUGGCCAAGGCGGAUUGUACAAACCAGUCCAGUGCCACCCCUCUACUGGUUACUGCUGGUGUGUCCUGGUGGACACCGGACGGCCCAUACCUGGCACCUCCACCAGGUAUGAGCAGCCAAAGUGUGAUGCCAAUGCAAGGGCCCAUCCAACAAAACCAAAGGACCAUUACAGAAGCAGACAUCUUCAAGGUUGUCCCGGUACAAAGAAAACGGAGUUCCUGACAAGCGUUCUUGAUGCGCUAUCAACAGACAUGGUUCACGCCGUCACAGAUCCAGCAUCUGCCGGAAAAGUGGUGGAGCCCGACCCUACCCACACACUAGAGGAGAGGGUGGUCCACUGGUAUUUUGGUCAGCUGGAUAAAAACUCCAACGGUGACAUUGGAAAGAAGGAGAUCAAGCCAUUCAAACGCUUCCUGCGCAAGAAAUCCAAACCCAAGAAGUGUGUCAAGAAGUUUGUGGAGUAUUGUGACAUCAGCAACGACAAAGCGCUGUCCCUGCAGGAGCUGAUGGGUUGUUUGGGGGUGACCAAGGAAGAAGGGGCCAAAACAGGAGAAGGCUUAUCUCCCAGUAGACUUCCCUCGAAGAAACAAGGCUAAAAGAGCAACUGAAGAUCUCGCUUCCGCAUGGUGAUUCUGCCCUCACCAAUCGGCAACAACGGAAAUCAUAGUAUUUGCACUUUGUACUUUAAAGUAAAAUGUAAAUUCACUUUGUAGAAAUAAGGUAUUUAAACAGACUGCUGAAUCUGUGAAUGUUGUAGUUAGCUUUUUUGUGUCCUGACAAGCAAAAUGUAUUAACACAUACAAUGUAUGUGUCCUUUGAGUGUCUUGAGUUGUUUUCAUGUUUGAUGUUUCAUACUGUGCCCCUUUCUAUGUGGACUUUUCCUCUUGUGUUGAUGACUAUAAAGCUGAUCUAGUUUUCUCUUAGAUUACACCGAUUAAUUUGGAACGUAGUAUCUUUUCCUGUGUCUUUAAUGGCAGCUUGUUUCAAACACUAACCAUGAGAAACAUGUUACAGAUUCCCAUGUAUUCUUGUUUAUUAGAAAUAAAGAACUGUUUUAUACAUA